CUGUGUUUCAUCGAGUUAAAAGGCCUAGAAAAGCUAACAUGAAGUAUCUGGGCAUCGUCCUUUGCGUUGCCUUCUUGGCAAUCCAAGCCAAGUCAGCCCAAGCGGUCUGCGGUUACGAGUCUUGUCAUGAGACCAAAGCAAACAUGGUUAACAUCCACUUGGUGCCUCACUCCCACGACGACGUGGGCUGGCUGAAGACCGUCGAUCAGUACUUCUAUGGCCACAAAAACAACAUUCAGCACGCCGGAGUCCAGUACAUCAUCGACACCGUGAUCUCUGAGCUGAUCAAGAACCCAGACCGUCGUUUCAUCCAGGUUGAAACAUCCUUUUUCUCCAAGUGGUGGGACGAGCAGUCCGAGACCGUCAGGGCAAUUGUCAAGAAACUGGUCAACGAGGGCCGCCUUCAGUUCACCAACGGAGCCUGGAGCAUGAACGACGAGGCUGCUGUAAACUACCAGAGUGUGAUUGAUCAGUUCACAGUCGGACUGAAAUUCCUAGAUGACACCUUCGGCGUUUGUGGUCGUCCUCGUGUCGGCUGGCAAAUCGAUCCCUUUGGCCACUCCCGUGAACAGGCUUCCCUAUAUGCCCAGAUGGGAUACGAUGGCGAGUUCUUUUCCCGCAUGGACCACAACGACAAGGGCAGACGCAUGAUCGACCUUGCUUUAGAGAUGGUUUGGGAUGCCAGUGAGUCAUUGAGCGAUGUCAAGCUUUUCACUGGUCUCUUGUACACCUUCUACUGGGACACUCCCGGAUUCUGCUUCGAUGUUCACUGCAGCGACGAUCCGAUUAUUGAUAGCGACAGUUAUGAUAACAAUGUCAAAUCAAGGGUUGAUGAUUUCAUCGCCUACGCCGCCCAAGUUGCCGAAAAGUUCCGCACGAACCAUAUCAUGAUUCCCAUGGGUGGUGACUUCCAGUAUGAAGAUGCUGAGGUUAACUUCAAGAACAUGGACAAACUAAUUAAGUACAUCAACGAACGUCAAUCCAGUGGAUCCCAGUACAACAUCUUUUACUCAACCCCUGCUUGUUACUUAAACUCUGUGCACAAGAGUGUACAGUCCUACCCAAACAAGACGCUGGACUUCUUCCCCUACGGAAGUGACUCCAACAGUUUUUGGACUGGCUACUACACAUCUCGUCCCACCCAGAAGCGUUUUGAGCGCGAUGGCAACCACAUUCUUCAGGUUGCUAAGCAGCUAAGUGCUUUCGCCAAACUUUCAAGUACUCAGCAAAAGGAGGAUCUUGAAUAUCUCCGUCAUAUUAUGGGUGUGAUGCAGCACCACGAUGCCAUCACUGGAACCGAGAAGCAGCACGUGUCCGAUGACUACGAUCGCCUUCUAUACGACGCUAUCGUUGGAGGAGUCAAUACCGCCCGCGAUGCCCUUCAGGUGCUGAACAUUGUUCCCGACGGUGAGUUCGAGAGUUGCCUUCAGGUAAACAUCAGCGAGUGUGCCUACACCAAGGACGGUGCUGACAACGUGGUGGUGACCGUGUACAACCCCUUGGCCCAUACCACCAAGCAGUACGUCCGAGUUCCUGUUAAGAACGAGAACUACCAGGUGACCGAUGAUAAGGGCCGUGUGGUGGCUUCUGAAGUGGUCCCAGUUCCCUGGGAGGUCCUGGCCCUGGAGUUCCGAAACAACGACACUCAGCAUGAGUUGGUCUUCAAGGCAACCGUCGAUAAGAUCGCCAACUACUACAUCAAGAAGGUUGAUACCAAGGAGGGCACCGCGAGCUUAAAGACCAUUUCCCAGAAGAAGACUGAUGCUGGAACCCUCGAUGACGGAGAGACAAUCGUCCAGAAUUCGCUGGUCAAAUUGGUGCUGGACAACAAAACCGGACUGUUGAAGAGAGUUGAAAUGAACGGAGUCUCCGAAAACAUCGAUCAAAGCUACGGCAUUUACAGGACCUAUGACUCCGGUGCUUACGUUUUCCGUCAGUACAACCAAGGAGACUUUGUCAUCCAGGAGGAUGGUGUCGAGUUUACUGUUUACGAAGGAGCUUUGGUCAAGGAAGUGCACCAGCACUUCAACGAAUUCAUUUCACAAGUCAUUCGUAUCUACGAAGGCAGAAACAUUGUGGAAAUCGAGUGGCUGGUUGGCCCAAUCCCUGUUGAAGAAGAGUUUGGCAAUGAAGUCGUUAUCACCUUCACCAGUGAAAUCGCUUCCAAUGGCGUGUUUUACACUGAUUCCAAUGGCCGUGAGUUGAUUCGACGUGAAAAGGACAAACGUGAGGACUUCAACUCCGAACUGGAUAGGCAACCGACUGCCGGAAACUAUUACCCCAUCACUUCCCGCAUUGCCCUCCAGGACAGUAACAAGCGUAUUGCAGUCCUGAACGAUCGUGCCCAGGGAGGAUCCAGCAUGAAGGAUGGACAAAUAGAGCUUAUGUUGCAUCGUCGUCUUGUCCGUGAUGAUGGAUACGGGGUGGAUGAGACUUUAAACGAACAGAAAUAUGGCCAACCUUUGAUUGCCCGCGGUAAGGUGUUCCUUAUCCUGAAUGCUGCCGAUGAGUCCACUUCCGCUGAACGCGAGGCCGAGAAAGAGUUCCACCUGCCUCUCUGGAAGUUCUUCAGCAAGAACAGUGGAAGCAGCAGCGCUGUUGCCAAGUCCCUGCCCAGCUUUGAUGAUUUCCCCCAGUCCGUUCAUCUUCUCACCCUGGAGCCUUUCAACGAUGAUGAGGUUCUACUGCGUGUGGAGAACUUCAAGGAUCACAUCGAAGGCAAAGUGGUUAGCUUCAACAUCCGGCCGAUCUUCGAUUACUUGAACGGUUCGGAAAUUCGUGAAACCACCUUGGAUGGUAAUCUGCCUCUGAGUGACAUGAAGCGAUUCAAGUUCCAUGCUGAGGGUUCUGGAGCAAGAGGAACCGAACCUGAGUAUUACACCUCGGCCCACAAGCCUCUGUCCACUGACGAGUCGCAGGAUGCCUCCGAAUUCGCAGUGACCCUGUACCCAAUGCAAAUCCGUACUUUCAUUAUCAAGAUUAAAUAAUAACGUAUAGUUAUAUUAACUUCGUUUUUCUGAUGAUUCAAAUAAAAUUGUAUAUAAAACAAA